GCGACCAGCCAGGUUCGGGCAGCAACACCAGCCCUGAGGCGGCGGGGGGCGCGGCAGGCAGGACCGGCACAACUAUGGCGCUACCGCUCCUGCCCGGGAACUCUUUCAACAGGAAUCUAGGAAAAGAAAAGUUCCAUAAGUCUCAACAUUGGAGUUACUGCAAUAAGGUUUCUAUGAUGGUGGGAGAAGACAAACCUGGAAUAGGAGGAGAACCUUUGCUUGGACAAAAACUAAAACCAAAGUAUAGUGUAUUUCCUAGAGGUGUUGGAUGUGAUGCACCUUCAUGGGUAGCAUUUGAUAAACAGAAUUGCUUAUCCCAAACUACUGAUACUCAGAAUUGCAGUGAAACAUUAGUAACAAUUGAUUGUGGAACACUUCUUAGGCGCCAUCGGAUUCCACUCCCGCCUCCUAAUGAAGAUCAGUUUUAUACUGUUGAUUAUUUCAACCUUGAUACUGAUGUCAUAUUUUAUGGCCAAAGAUAUAAAAUUAUAGACUGUGAUCAGUUCACUAAAAAUUUCUUGAGAAAGAUGGGAGUCAAAGUAAAUCCCCCAUUGGAACGUCCAGAUGAUCCCUAUACGAAAGGACGCCAGAAGUUGAUAGAUAGUAUGACACCAUUGCGUCCCUAUGAGCGCUUUGAUACACUUCGCCAGUUUCUAGAACAUGAGGGACAUGUUUUACGUUUUUAUGGUGUUUGGGAUGACACUGAAACAAUGUUUGGGGACAUUCGAGAAGUGGUGCUACAUUAUUUUUUGGCUGAUGAUACGAUUGAAAUAAAAGAAGUGAUACCUAUAAAUUCUGGCCGGGACGCUGUACCUCUAUUCCUCAAUAGACAGAAACUACCAAAGUUUGCUCCAGUUGGAAUAUAUCAGCCUGGUACAAUUACAGAUCGGACAGUCUUGAAUGUGUUUGGAGGGCUAGUUGGAAAUAAAGGUCGUUAUAUUCUGGAUAAUCGUAAGACAGGAGCUGUGUAUCAGGAAUUUUAUAAAGACUGUGACCUGAGAAUAGGAGCAACAAUCAAUGUUUGGGGACGAAAAAUAAUUCUCUGUGAUUGUGAUGAAUUUUCCAAAGAAUAUUAUAAGACAAAGUAUGGAGUCAAGGAUUUUACUCCAGUUCCAUACAAGACAGCACCUUCUCUGAAAAUAGAAAGAAUGAUUCCUCCAUACAGUGGUUUUGGAUCUGAAGAAGACUCUCUUUGCUCUUGCCUUAGCUUACUUCCUAAACCUCCCCAAAAGGACUUCAGGAAAUUCAUGGAAAAAGACAGACAAGGCCUUGAAAGUAAUAUUUUGCGGUUCCUUGCACAAUAUAUUACUUCUGAUCCCAUCGCUAAAGAUCGGAAGUUCAUUAUUUCUUAUUUUCUAAGUGAUGACACAAUAUCAGUGUUUGAACCUCCCCAAAGAAAUACAGGAGUAAUUGGUGGGAAAUUUUUGGAAAGAAGUCGCAUUAAAAAGCCUGGGCAAGAGUUUUAUAAAAGUGAGCCAUCUGAAUACUACACAGCUAAGGACCUGUUUGUUGGAGCCAAAGUGUGUUUCCAUGGCCAUGUCCUUCUUUUGGUGGAUGCUGAUGAAUAUGCUUUCAACUACAUGGAGAAGCAUGCAGAUGAGUAUGCUAUGGCCAAUAUCAACGUAAUCCUGAACAAAUUGAAAGUUAUAGGAGAACCUCGGUCAAGAGAGAUUAAACAGAUUUUUGCAGCCGCUGAUCCUCAGAACACUUACAUGAUUGAUUAUGAUGAGUUCAGAAAUGUGUUAUUGAAUAUCUCAGAUGGAAAAUUAUCAGAACAUGAAAUUAUGACUAUUGGGCGAUAUUACAGUGUAAGAGAGGAGAAUGAAAUGGAUGCCACUUAUCUUCUGGCAGUGUCCCAGGAAAAUCUCAAGAAAAAUAACUUUGAAAAUUUUGGCCAGCUGUUGGCAGCCUUGGCAUACAGUGAUCGGGAAAAAUGUGGACUGCUGGCCAGUGACAAGUGCAGGACUGUUUGCAAAUCCUUCAGGCUACCAUUAGCAGAUGAUCUUCUACGUGCUUUACUGGCUGCGUGUGAAGAUUGCAAAGAACAUGUAAAUUAUAAGAAGUUGGUUGAUGGGCUGAACUGGAGAGAGCAUCCAAUUCCAGCUUUCCAAACCAUCCUGAUGCCGUUACAGUAUGAAGAUCGAUGGAGUGGGGAGCCACCAGCACUUCCAGUGAAAAAAAUAAAAUACCUACCAUUAAUAGAAGAUGUCUUUGGCAGCAAAGAUUAGCCUUAGUCCAUACAUCAUACUUCUUAUGGAUAAACAUUGCAAUUUUCUCUUUCUGGACAGUUACUGCAUAUUUUUAUUUAAAC